AAUGUAUUCAUGAAUAAUUAUUUGAACCUGUUUCACAGUUGUAAGAUACUGUAAAAUUUUCUAUGUCUAUACAUAACCUAUGACACUUCAUAAUACUUUUACAUUUAAUUCAGGUGAUCACAAGCACAUCAGACCAUCAGGUUAUUUACUUUAGUUAACGUGUGUUCCCAGUAGGUAACUCUAUAAAAAUCAUAACUUGUUAGACGGUUUCUUUAUAUCGCUAAAGGUUUGUUUACUUUUUCCACAGACAAUUGUUUAAAACAAAACUGUAUAGUAUUGUAACGGGCGAUAAAUUUACUUAUUUUUGGAGAUGUUGGUAUAAAUCAGAACAAUCGUCAUUGUCGUAAAGCUCAAGGUUGUCCUUGUGAAACUUGGAUUUUAUAAUUUCACACCAUGCUAAUCAAGGUUUAUAAUUUCACAGUUAAAUAAAUAUUGCCGCCGUUUGGCUGGACACGAUGUCUUUGUCCAGUUUUAUAAUUUCAUGGUCUAAAUUUGUUAAUUUUAACAAAAAGCAUAUUUAGCCACUAAAAAUCUUCAUAUUACAGUUAAUUAAACCUAAUUUGGUGGAAAAACAAAUACUUUUACGACGCCCCAAAUAAACUGGUAACUUGUAAACAAUUUUGCGAAAACAACUCCUUUGGAGGGGUCUUUACUUAUAAAAGAUCGAAAGAUCCAAAAAAGACCAGAGUCCUCUAGCCAGUUGCCUGUUUAGUGUGUGUUUGUGUUGUGACACAAGGGGGUGAAUAUCUUAAUCGGUCAUUGAAUAUAUAAGCGUCUACUAACUCUUUGGUUACUUCAGUAGUUAGGUCACAAAGUAAUAUGACAUUUAUUGAGUUUAAAUUAUAUAUUAUCAAAAAUUCUAUUGUUUACACGUACAGUUUCCCUCGGUUUCAAACAUUGUCGUAUUUCCUCUACCAUUUAGGUAUUUUAAACCCGUUCCUGAUUAAAAUUCCAGUUUUUGAAAAAGUGUUAUCACCUUGAAAAACUAGAUACUUAAGUACAUGUAGCGAUUUCAAGGUUCGCUAUUGGUUAUAACUGGAUUGAUUAAUCAUUUAAGUUUUAAAACUGCGACUAAGUACCACGAUUCCUUAAGCCACAUAAGCUAAAUAAGUUAAAUUAGUUUACGCACUAUAUAAAAUCAUAUUUAAAUAGUAACAGCAAGUUUUAAUUAAACGCCUCGCAAUGUCUGUACAAUUCAUUGACAUCGAAACGGAAUAUGAAAAAAACAAGCAAGUGCAGAGGAAACAAGUCAGAAAAUUUAUGGAUUGGAUUAACCAACAGCCUCAUCUACCCAAAAUCACUGGUAAGGAGAAAUAUGUAAUACUUUUAAUUUUACCAAGGUAUGUAGAGUUUCAAGCCCUUACUUUCUUACACUCCUGUUACUAUGACGAAGACGCGGCCAAAAAGACCGCGGAUGUUUUCUUUACGGUAAAAACUUCAAACCCUAAUGUGUUCAGAAUGAGAGAUCCACAUAAAUUACCAACUACAGAAGGUUUAGACGUUACUGUUAUGUCUAUGUUGCCUAAGAAAACUCCCAAAGGGUAUACCAUUCUAUAUAUCAAAUUAAUUGAUCCCGAUCCCAGACAUUUGAACAUGGCAACACAGGUCAAAAUUUUUGAUAUGACAUGUAUGUUGCAUUUACAUCAGACCGGAAUUACUGAGGGCUAUGUAGCCAUGUUGGAUAUGCAGGAAGUGGCUCUUCGCCAUUUAUUCCGUUUAUCGCCAUCUGCUUUAAAAGCGCUUCUUUAUUAUAUAUCCGAAGGUAUCCCUGGACGGAUAAUGGAGUUUCACUUCGUGAAUACUAUACCAUUUAUUAUCAACAAGGUUUUAACUUUGAUUAAACCUCUACUAAGCAAAAAAAUCUAUGACAUCAUUCAUGUACACAGCACGGUUGAAGAUUCAGCAGAAUUUAUCCCUAUUGACUGUUUGCCAGAAGAUUACGGUGGGUCUGCCGAAGCUAUAUCAGUUAUACAUGAGAAGAGCAAACAAAAACUUCUCCAAAAUGAAGCUUUUUUCGAGUGGGAAGAUACACAAGUUGUUGAUGAAAGCCUAAGACCGAAGAAGAAGAGCUACUGGUUUAGUUGGGGCUAAGAAAAU